CGUCCUCUUCACACGGUCCCAUUGAUCCUUUGCCAGUCAUUCUGCUGCCUUGCUUAGAAUCUGGGAGGCAUUCUGUGACCAUGUUGGGACGUAUCGGGGGUAAUACCCUGCGAUGUGCUGCGCGCAGACCAGCUGCCCGGAGGGCCCUACUAUACGAGCGCAAAUUCUCGGCCAGCACCGCUCAUGCCAGCACCAGCUCGACUGCCUCCUCGGUUGCGUCGCCGUUAGGGACUAUUACGACCGAGCUGGAUCGGAUCUCGCCGUGCUUUGAGGUGCCGGCAUCGCGGAUUACAAUCCUGGACUCUCCGACCAGCUUCUAUAAUACCCUCAAGGACAAGAUCAGGAAGGCCCGCAAACGCAUCUAUCUUUCGACGUUAUACAUUGGCAAGACGGAGCAUGACCUGGUCGAGACGUUGGACCAGGCUCUUCGGGCCAAUCCCGAACUCAAGGUCUCCAUUCUCACAGACGCUCUACGAGGAACGCGAGAAACGCCGAAUCCUUCGUGCGCAUCGCUGUUGGCUUCGCUAGUUGCGACACAUGGCACGGAUCGCGUGGAGAUUCGCAUGUUUCAUACCCCCAAUUUGACUGGGUUCAAGAAGAAAUGGGUGCCGCGCCGGAUCAAUGAGGGCUGGGGUCUCCAGCAUAUGAAGCUCUACGGCUUUGACGAGGAGAUCAUACUGUCGGGGGCAAACCUUUCGAACGAGUACUUCACGAGCCGCCUAGACCGGUACCAUGUCUUCCACUCCAAGGAGUUGACUGAUUACUACGCUCGCAUCCAAGAGGCCGUCUGCAGUCUCAGCUUCCAGGUCCUUCCAGACCCGGAGGAUGCCGCCGGCUACGUCUUAAACUGGCCGACAUCCAACGGCGCACCUUCGCCCCUCGACAACCCCGAGGACUUCAUCACAUACUCGUCCACCGUCUUGCACCCGCUCAUCCAACCGUCGGAAAAGCAAGCCGUACUGCAGCCCAAGUCCUCCGACCAGACCUACGUAUAUCCUGUGGCUCAGUUCACCUCCUUAUUCAAACCCGAUACCUCCACCGAAUUUCCCGCCGUCACUGCCAUCCUCCGUCUCCUAUCCACCUCGCCGGCCUUCUCGGGGGCCCGCUGGCUCUUCACCGCCGGCUAUUUCAACAUCCACCCCGUUCUCUCCUCCCUCCUCAUCACCAGCACUUCCACCUCGCACACGGACUCCACCACGCGCGGCACCGUGCUCACGGCAUCCCCCUGGGCCAAUGGCUUCUACGGCUCCCCGGGCAUCUCCGGUAUGCUCCCAGCAGCCUACACGCAUCUUUCAGCGCGGUUCCUAGACCGCGUCGCCGAGGCCCAGCGCACGAACUCCAUUCAACUCAAAGAAUGGCGCCGCGGCACCGUCGGCGAGCCCGGCGGCUGGACCUACCACGCUAAGGGGCUCUGGAUCACCCUACCCAAGGAAGAACAUCCCAGCCUGACCUUUGUCGGCAGCAGCAACUACACUAAGCGCAGCUACAGUCUCGAUCUAGAAGUCGGUGCUCUCGUCGUGACCGGCGACCCUGAGUUGAAGCAGAAGCUAGGUGCCGAGACGGACCGACUGCAGGAGGAGGCGAAGGUGGUUUCGCGCGAGGACCUGCGGCGAACGGAGCGACGCGUGGGAUGGAAUGUGCGGCUCUCGAUGUGGAUCGUCGAGAAGGUCGGGGGCGCUUUCUAGACGACAUGACGUGAUGUGAUGUGAUAGAGAUAGAAUCUGUAUACCCCAUGUACUAUUAUAC